AUGGUGAUCGAGCCCCAAGUUUCGGACGGCGGAAACCGUUGGGCGUUAGUCGGAGGUGAGGCACUUGGGAACGUCUUGGUUGUCUGUUGUGGCAACGUUUUGGUUGUCUGUCGCCUAGGAACUCACCCUUCGUGUAUUGGCUGCAUCUAGGCUUGUCCACCCACGACGGACUUCAAGUCGGCGUUCCCCGUGAGAUACUCUGACGUGGGUCGCAUCGCAUCGCUACGUUUCCCACCCCUUCAUUCGCAGACACUGAGCUACCUCAUCUCACCCACUUUGAAACAACUUGUCCCUCCUUCCCGUGGGCUCCAUGACUCGCCGCGACAGCAUUCUCAACCUCGCCGCGCACGCACCUUCCACUGACUCCCACUCCCUCCCCGUCUAGAUCCCGAAGGCCACUUCUCCGAGGAAUACGAUGAUCGACCCGGUGGACAAGGUUCGAGCAAAUUGCAUAUGAAAGUUGACGGUGCUUUUGAUGUCAUGCUCUGA